AGGAGAGAACUUUAUCAACUAAAGUAAACCAACUAAUUGUGGGAUUGCCAGGGAAACAAACGGUGUGCUUGUUUUUGUGAUGGCGUAGCUCAACAGCGUCCACUGGAUGUCAGUAUAAUGAUGCGCAAUGUUUAUUUUUGCUUGGAGGAUAUGGCUUAAACUGCAUGCAGUUGAGUGAUCUGAGCUGAGCUGUUUCGUUGAGUCUGAGAUUCCCUCUCAGCCUGAAGCCGCUGUUCGGAAACAGACGGCGAAGCACUGAUUCUAUUUUCCCUCCUGGAGGUAGCUCAUCUUCAGUAAGCCACUGGGAUGAAGACGUUUGUUCUCGGUAGUUUUAUUCUUUGUAAUUAAUGUCAGACUUGAUGGCUGGCCACUAGCUCAUUUGUAACAUGGAAAUGACUCCUGAGAGUGGUGAGGGAGUGACGCGCUCAGGUAGUGAGGGGACCGAGGGUGAGUUGAGGGGUGACGAGUUGAUGAGGUGGUGAUGGGAUGGUGGGACGAGGAUGAGGGGAUGAAGGGUGGUGGGAAGAUGGGACGAGGGGUGACAGGAUGAUGAGGUGAGGGUUGAUGAGUGACAGAAUGAGGUGGUGAGGAGAUGAUGGGGUGAUGGAAUGAGGUGGUGAAGGCAUUAUGUUGGGUGAGGGACAGUAAAAGUGACGGGAAUUGAUGAGGUAGUGAGGGGGGCAUGAAAAGGUGAAGGAAUAAUGUUGGGAUACAAUAAUGGUGGUGACGAGAUGAGGAGGAGACAGCAUGAGGUGCUGAGGAGAUCGCCCCUCACACACACCGUCCCCUCCCUUCCUCCCAGCUCUGUCACACACGUCAACUUCAGUCUACUUGAACGGGUCGACCACUGCGACCCGGUCGGCUGCCUCAGGAUUUUGGAUAAGGAGGCUGACAGUGAAGAGGGGAGGAGGAGAAGAGGACCGGGGACGACGUCGCAGCUAUUUUGACACCUCAUAAUAGCUGAGUCCAUCUGGGACGAGAGCCAGGAACGCUUCCGUUAAUGAGUCAAAGGACGUCGUUUCAGAUCGUUGCAGAUGUCGCUCGUUUGUUUCCGAGCCCAAAAUAUUUGCUUCGGAAAACUAGUUUAACAUUGUUCACGUGCUUGUCGUCCAUUCGAUUGGAUGGUGGUGGGACACGUUUACGAGUCCGGCUGGCUGGAAUUCUCCUCUGUGUGUGGAUGUGCCGCUGCACUGGGACUAAACUGGAGCCAACAUGUACGCGGGACGCAAAAGAAGAAAACCGCUUCAGAAAGGAGCCAAACUUACCACACCAGAAGGGCACAAGUCCAACCCAUCCAAGCGGCAUCGAGACCGUCUAAACUUGGAGCUGGACAGGCUGGCCAGCUUGCUGCCCUUUCCUGAGGAUGUCAUCUCAAGCCUGGACAAGCUGUCCAUUUUAAGGCUUAGUGCCAGCUACAUUCGGGCCAAGAGAUUCUUUUCAGUGACAUCGAAAAAACAUCUCUCCAAUGGUGUGAGCAAAAUUACUGACGACCAUGACAGUGAGGUGCCAGAACAGACAGCCCAGUGUAUGCCAGAAGGGGAACUGCUGCUCCAGGCUCUGAGUGGAUUUGUCCUGGUCAUCACAGCAGAGGGAAUCAUCUUUUACUGCUCUCAUACCAUCCAUGAUUACCUCGGCUUCCAUCAGACGGACGUGAUGCACCACAGUGUGUUGGAGAUGAUUCACACUGAAGACCAGCAAGAGUUCAAGAGGAACCUACAUUGGGCGCUCAACCCUCCCGAUAGCUUUGGAUCCCCCUCGGACACUGCAGCAGUAGAUGGCGAGUCAGCUCCCUCAUACCCGGUGAGGUACAACCCUGAUGAGCUUCCUCCGGAAAAUUCCUCCUUCUUUGAGAGAAGCUUUGUUUGCCGCUUCCGCUGCCUACUGGACAAUUCUUCUGGCUACUUGGCAUUGAGCAUCCAGGGUCGACUGAAAUUCCUCCACGGGCAGAGUGGACUGCGGAGUCCCAAUGAGCAAGGUGGCCCUCUUCAGCUCGCCUUGUUUGCCAUCGCCACGCCCCUGCAGUCACCGGCUAUCCUGGAAAUCAGAACAAAGAACAUGAUUUUCAGAACCAAGCACAAAUUGGACUUCACUCCCAUGGCCUGUGAUGCAAAGGGUAAAAUUGUGCUGGGUUACACGGAGGCAGAGCUGCGUGUCCGAGGUUCGGGAUACCAGUUCAUCCAUGCUGCCGACAUGCUGCACUGUGCUGAAAAUCACGUCCGAAUGAUCAAGACUGGUGAGAGCGGCCUCACCGUCUUCCGGUUGCUCACCAAGGAUAACAGAUGGAAAUGGGUCCAAUCCAACGCCCGCCUCGUCUACAGAGAUGGCAAACCGGACUACAUCAUUGCCACACAGAGGCCCCUGAUAGACGAGGAAGGAGGGGAACACCUGAAGAAACGCUCCAUGCACCUCCCUUUCACCUUUGCCACUGGCGAGGCACUUCUCUAUCAGACUGGAAACCCGCUCUUUGGCUUUCCCGAAACUCUCAAGGGCAAAGCCAAAUGCAAGAAGGGGAAAAUGGAAAAGUUCUCUGAGAACGUACAUCCAAAGUCCUUACUGGAAGCACUGAUGAGCCAGGAUCAGUCUGUUUACGUCUGUCAACCAGAUUCAGAGGCUCACGAGUCCCACCCUUGCGGUACUUUUACCAAACAGCAAGAGGAGACUGCUGGAUUUGGCGAGAGCUGGCAGAUGCAGCCAAGAUGCAACAGGGAAAAGUCCAAGUGUGAUCCACUACAAGCCACCCUGGACUCUCUUUCUCUGGAUGGAGAUGAAAGUUGCUCCAACAGCGAGCUCCUCUGUGCCUUGGAGAACCUUGGCUUGAAUGCUGAAGACCUGGAACUUUUGCUGCUGGAUGAGAAGAUGAUCCAGGUAGAGAUGGAUUCCGGCCAUGGCUCCACAUUUGGUGAGCUCACCAACAAUGAAAUCACGUCCCACAUUCAUGAGUCAUCGGAGAUGGAAUCUCAUGGAGAAGAACACAGCGACAUAGUUGGAUUUGGACUCAAUGACUUUUUUCCAGACACUGCUCCAAGUUCUACCCAGCAGAUACAAGCACACCGUGUGCCCGCUACCCCUGCCAUUCCGUCCGGUAGCGGGCAAACGCAGCCGCUGCCCAUCGGGGCAGGCGGGCUUCGGUUUCCCUCUGGAAGUGUCGAUGCCAGCAUCCUCUCUGGUAAGAGCCGCUGGAUGCUCAAGGCUGAGGAAGCCCAGCAUUGUGACAACCACACUACUCACCAAACUCUUGUCAACGAGGAGAACCAAGAUGUUAUCUCACCACUGGAGCCAAGUCACCACUGGCAGCAGGGAAACAGCCAGACUUUCUUACCCAGCUCCCAGAUGUUGGGCGGAACCUGUUGCUCCAGUAAACACGCAGCUUUUUUUCAUAAUGUAUUGGUUGACCCUGUAGUCUCAACCACAAAGCAUGCGGACAGCUCAGAACUGAAUACCACAGAUUUUUGUCAUGACGAACACUUGGUGGACGCUGUGCAGCCACACUCACUGCAGGGUCAGCAAUCUCACAAGCUCCAGAGUCCAGUUCCGCACCCGGUUGUGACCCAAUGUGCUCCACAGGGUGCUGCUCUGGAGCUGGAGCAAAUUUUGGCUCUGAUGCAGCCUUCGCUCGAGGCCUGUAGUCUGUUCCACGAUGCCAGCGCAAGACAGGAUGACCACAAUCAGCUGGAGAACGGUUGUCUCCUCAAGGCCUCCAAUGCCACCUUCAUCCGGACCUGUCUUAUGUCCAACGGGGACAGAGAGGUGGCAGCCAACUUUCCAAACUCGUGCCCUGAUGGUCUCACAGAUGCUCAGAAGUCAGAAUUUAUACUCUGACAAGAAGGAGCCCAACACAUGGCAGCAUCCCAACAUUAAUUGUCACGUGCAUUUUUGCCUCAGAGGACUGCAACCGUGUUGUGCACUUCAUUAAAUGUCCCGCAUGUUCCCGACAUAAACAGGGCAGCUCGGUUAUGUCACAAGAAAAGCAUUUUCAUUUUCCCGGGUAGAGACAUUAUUGCCUUGUUGUUACUGAUUAACACUGAAUGCAGGUGGUGAAAUAUGUACAGAUAGAUAUGCUUCCAUAAAAGAGACAAAGUCGGGGCUCCUAUUUGUGGUUCUCUUGACUCAGAGGGAUGACAUUCCCCAUGGCGAGCUAUUUUUGUUCUUUAGACCUGCUAACCAGAACAUGCACCGAACAAAAAUAUAAACGCAACACUUUAGUUCUCGCUCACAUUUUUAUGAUCUGAAGUCAACGAUCUAAGCCUUUCCUAUGUACACAAACGGCCAGUUUCCCCUCGAAUAUUGUUCACAACUGUGUCGAAAUCUGUCUUUUGCCGAAAUAAUCUAAUCCCCCUCACAAGCGUGUCAUAUCAAACGCAUAUUAGACAGCAUGAAUACUGCACCGCUGUGCCUCACAUUGCUCCUAGUAAACGGGCAACCAAAAAGUGCACUUUUACUGUAUUGGGGGAGUCCAUUGUCAGCGGGGUGGAGGGUUCUCAGAGAAGCAGUCAAGAGCUGGUGUUACCACUCUUUGCCUCAGGCAGUGCAAUGCCUCUCCUUCACAUUGAGUUGAUGAGAUUGUUAAUUGCCAUCUAUGGAAUGUUGGCCAACACCUGUUCAAUGGCUGUGAGAAGUUGCUGGACACUGGCAAGAAGUGGACCACGCUGCCGUAUGCGCCCAUGCAGAGCAUCCCAAAACUGCUCCAUGAGUACGCUGGCCAUUUAAGAACUGGGAAGCUGUCGGCUUUCAGGAAGUGUAUAUAGCUUCGUGCAGCAUGAAGUGAUGGCCAUGAUUGAAUGGUGCAA